CUGUACUAACUUAAAAUUCUUAGUAGUAUUAUAUUUUUUUUGUUUCGUGGAACGUGAUAAUAAACGUAAACGUGGUAAUCGAUUACUUCUGGGUUCGAUUACCUAGGUCUGUCCGCUGGCCAGGCCGGGAAGUCAAGCACAGAGCAGCAAUGUUGACGUGGUAACUGUUUACAGUCUUUUUUUUUUUACUGGGAAUCUCCAUUUUUUUGGCGAGGAAUUGUUUGCAACGAAAUCAUGCUGGACUUUGCCAUAUUCGCUGUCACGUUUGUCAUCAUUUUGGUGGGUGCUGUUCUUUAUUUGUACCCGUCAUCCAGAAGGGCAUCUGGCAUCCCAGGUCUUAACCCCACAGAUGAGAAGGAUGGAAACCUGCAAGAUAUCGUCAAUAAAGGCAGCUUCCACGAGUUUCUGGUCAGUCUGCAUCAGGAGUUUGGUUCUGUGGCCUCGUUCUGGUUCGGCGGCCGGCCCGUGGUCAGCCUGGGCUCCGUGGAGCAGCUGCGUCAGCACAUUAACCCCAACCGCACCACGGACUCCUUUGAGACGAUGCUGAAGUCGUUGCUCGGUUACCAGUCGGGAGUCGGGGCGGGCGCCAACGAAUCGGUGAUGAGGAAGAAGCAGUACGAGAGCGCCAUCAACAACGCCCUGAAGAACAACUUCCCGCUCAUGCUGAAGGUCGCGGAGGAGCUGGUGGGAAAGUGGACGUCGUUCCCGGAAGCCCAGCACAUCCCGCUGUGCGCCCACCUGCUCGGCCUCUCCCUGAAGACGGUCACCCGGCUGGCCCUGGGAGAACGCUUCCAGGACGACGCCCAGAUAAUUUCCUUCCGCAAGAAUCACGACGCGAUCUGGUCAGAAAUCGGGAAGGGCUACAUGGACGGCUCCAUGGAGAAGAGCUCCAGUAGAAAGGGACGUUACGAGAAGGCGUUGUCAGAGAUGGAGUCCAUGCUGCUGUCGGUGGCGAAGGAGAGGAAAGCCCAGAGCAGGCAGACGGCCUUCGUGGACGCUCUGCUUCAGUCCAGCCUCCUGGAGCAGCAGAUCAUGGAGGACUGCAUGGUUUUCAGCCUGGCCGGAUGUGUCAUCACUGCAAACUGUGAGCGAAUGUGCAUCUGGGCGCUCCACUUCCUGUCCACCUCAGAGGAAGUCCAGGACAAGUUGUACCAGGAGCUGGAGGAGGUCUUGGGUUCCGAUCCCAUCUCCCUGGACAAGAUUCCUCGGCUCAGGUACUGCCAGCAAGUCCUGAACGAGACGGUGAGGACCGCCAAGCUGACCCCGGUCGCUGCUCGGCUCCAGGAGGUGGAGGGCAAAGUCGAUCAGCACGUCAUCCCCAAAGAGGUUUGUAGCAGAUUAGAAAAUGGAUUUGAAAUACCGCCUAAGGAACGAGUCAAUAAUGGGAGGAAUCGAACAUAUGUCGCCAUCUUUCAGACGCUGGUGAUCUACGCCUUGGGAGUGGUCCUGCAAGAUUCCAACACCUGGAGCUGCCCGUAUAGGUUCGAUCCAGAUCGUUUUGAAGACGAAACGGCCAGGAAGAGCUUCUGUUUGCUGGGUUUCUCAGGGAAUCAGACGUGCCCAGAGCUGAGGUUCGCCUACACUGUGGCCACGGUGCUGCUCAGCUCGUUGGUGCGGAGGCUGAAGCUUCACCAGCCGGAGGGGCAGGUGGCAGAGGUCCGGUCCGAGCUGGUGUCCACACCCAAAGAGGAAGCCUGGGUCACCGUCAGUAGCAGGAAAUAGUCCGCAACGCCCAAGUGUCAACGACAGGGAGCGAGACAGUACCACCGAAGUAUUACGUCCAGGGAUUUCCAGCAUCACCGAGCUCUCGUUUCGCUUUAAAGAUUCCUUCUCUCUGAGUUUUUUUUGCCUUUCAGCAGAAUCACUACUCGUACGCGUCAAAUGUUGCACAUGCUGACUCCCCUUGCUCAAAGGAGGGAGGUUCUAAGUUCUACAGCUCCUCCCAGAUGAUUUUCCUUUGAUUUUUAGAUCAUCUGGUGUUGCCAGAGUCAAGAUGCAUUUGGACAUUUAAUUCCUCUUUUUUUGUUGUUUUUAAUUAAACUAAUUAAAGCAUCUUCUUUAAUAAAUGCUAUUUCAUAGAAAUGACAUUUUUGCCACUUUUCUUUCCUCC